UUUGACAGUUACCAGAGAGAGAAUAAAUGUCUCGCAAUCAAUCAUUUUGAAUGCGUUUAAUAAAUACGUUUAUAUUUUAGGCUAUUGCUAUUAUUGGUUAAAGUUUAGGCUACUAGCCUAUAUAGUCCAAUGGGAAUUCGGGAGAUCCAACGCAAUUGUGGAAAUAUUGACCGAGGGCUCUAGCCUACCUUUGGACUAGCAAAUAAAAGGUAGAGUUGUCUCCCUUGUCGUUACUAGCGGUCGUUACCGACAUGUCUGACUGGACGGAUAUUCUACCGAGAUACAUGAAGAAAUAAAACGCUCCAACUAUCCUCCACCGAUCUUUUUUUGGGACGGAGAUGGUCUCGCGUGGAAUAACGGAUUUGUGAAGCUAUGGCGCUCGGGCACGGCUCCAAAAAGUCGCGCUCCUGUGAUUUGGAGGUAGCACCAGCUCCUGUGGACCUGCCAUUGGAAUGGGUGGGGCCCGGUAACGAAGCCUCCAUGACGUCCUCUAAGAUGUUGAGACGACCCUGCAGGUGUCUCCUAGCCUUCCUUAUCAUCGUCACCAUCAUCAUCCUCUCGGGAGGAGCAACUCUGGCAUGGUACUUCCUGGAGUACAGGGUGUGGGUACUGGAGCCCAGGGUACAACAGCAGUAUACUGCUAGUCUCUCCAUCCUCAACAGGAACUACACCUCUGGUCUCUCCUCUCACACCAGCCCAGCCUUCACAGUCCAGGCAAAGGAAGUACAAGAUAUGGUGAGGAGGAUAGUGAAGGGCUCAGACCUAUCUCGCUACUUCAACUCCACCAAAGUCUUUGCUUUUGGGGAGGGAAGUGUGGUGGCACACUUCUGGCUGGUACUGUCAGUCCCCGACAGCCAUGUUGGUAAGGUAACUAUGGAGCGAGUCAGCAGCUGCCUACACAGUCUACUAGGGGCCUACAGAGGGAGCGACAGAGAGGAGACGGCUAACUAUGGAGAAUAUCUGUUGCAUCUUCCCUCUUUCUCUAUCACAGAAACAGACCCCAAAGUUGUAGAACUUUUGAAAGCUUCAUUUGACUGCUACAGGUACCAGGUGGUCAGCUCCAGCACAGCGGUGGCUAUGAGGGGACCUAACACCCAGCGCUCGUCCUGCCUUUGGCACCUCAGGGCCCCGCAAGGCUCCAGCACCCAGAGUUCCAGACUGGAGCUGAGGAUGGAGUGGCUGCUACCAGAGUGUAGAGAUAGACUGGCUGUCUAUGAUGGUUUAACACCUACUGAUACUCACCUCAUCACCUCUCUGUAUGGCUGCAGCAGACAAGAGCGUGUUGUUCAUGUGUUGUCAUCAGGAGAGUGGAUGACAGUGGUCUGGAAACAGGGUCUCUACAACUACAAAGACCCCUUCUCCCUGUCUGCACAGGCCUGGACCACUGAAAUGUGUUCCUCCAACAUAGAGCUGCAGCCAGUAUCAGGGGUACAGGGUAGUCUACGUACCCCCUUCUAUCCCAGCUACUACCCACCAGACACCAACUGUACCUGGACAUUCACUGUGAGUGUUAUACUGUACAUCCCCUUCUACUGUCUUAUAUUGUUUUCUACUUUUGAAGGUUAUGAGCUGAGCAGAGCCAACUAUAACCAGGCCUGUACACAGGGGCAGUGGAUGGUACAGAACCUCAGGUUCUGUGGGAUGAGAGGUCUCCAGCCGUAUGCUGAGCGCCUCUACCUCCUCUCCACGGCAACCAGAGUUGUCAUGACGUCCGAGGUGUCAAUCACAGGGCCUGGACUCCAGGUCCACUACAGCCUCUUCAACCAAUCAGAUCCCUGUCCUGGUCAGUUCCUGUGUACUCUAAAUGGUCUGUGUGUUCCAGCCUGUGACGGCAUCAAAGACUGUCCUGGUCAGUUCCGGUACUAAAUGGACUGUGUGGCAGCCUUUCCUGUGUAGUACCAGUGUCCAGAGGACAGUCAGUGUGUUGACUACUUCAAGGUGUGUGACCAGCACCCAGACUGCCUUGAGGCCAUGGAUGAAGAGAACUGCACAGAGGGUGUACAGUGUACAGACAAGACGUAUGUGUGUGCUGACGGGACGUGUCUGAAGAAGCCAAACCCAGAGUGUGACUUCAUCACCGACUGUCCUGAUGCCUCCGAUGAGAGACACUGUGACUGUGGUCUGAGGCAGUUCACCAGUCGCGUUGUGGGAGGAGUCAACGCUACUGAAGGGGAGUGGCCAUGGCAGGUCAGCCUUCAGAUCGGUGGACGUCAUGUCUGUGGGGGGGCUCUGGUCUCCAGCCAAUGGGUGGUGUCAGCUGCCCACUGUUUCUAUGAUGACCGUCUCUCUCCCAGAGCGUGGACAGUCUACCUAGGUAAGUUCCUAUUGAACCGCAGCAGUCAGAUGGAGGAUGCCAUUCGGGUGCAACAGAUCCUCCUGCACCAGUACUACGAUGACGAGACACACGAUUAUGACUUGGCUUUGCUGCGACUGGAGAGACCUGCAGCUCCAGGCACCCUGGCCCAGCCCGCCUGCCUGCCGUCACCUACACACCAGCAAGAACCUGAGCUACUCUGUUGGGUCACGGGCUGGGGCGCGCUACGUGAAGGAGGCACUCCCAGUAACGUGCUGCAGAAGGUGGAUGUGCGUCUGGUGAGCGAGGAGGCCUGCUUCCGUUCCUAUGGUUACAUGGUCACUCCCAGGAUGUUGUGUGCCGGCUACCGCAGCGGAGAGAAGGAUGCCUGUCAGGGUGACUCGGGUGGUCCGUUGGUCUGCCAGGAGAACUCGGGUCGUUGGUUCCUAGCGGGCGUGGUCAGCUGGGGAAAGGGGUGUGGCCGGGCCGACUACUACGGCGUCUACACCCGCGUCACCAAACUCACCGGCUGGAUCAAAGAACACAUCUCUGGACCUGGCUGACCUUCAUCAUUCUCACCAUCAUCAUAUUCCCAAAACAUUGUUAUCAUGUAGUAAUUGAUGUGAUCUAUUCUCUGUGUCAGUCCUUAGUAUAUUUACAUGUCCGUCAGGGUUUUAACAGUGUCAUUGACCUUCUGGCAGUCUGGCACCAAAGUUCAUCAACCUAACAAGCAGACUUUCUGUCUCCUCUGGGCAAAUACACUCUCUGCAGUAUUGGGCUCUACAUUCAACACUGCCACCUAGUGGAAGUUGUUAGAAUUUCAACAUAAUACCAUAAAAUACCAUGCCAAGGCAAUAGGCCCCUCAAAUUCAAAUCUGGACCUUAAAGCUCCACUGCUUUUGUUCAUUCUUCCCUAAUCAGGGAUGGAUUUACACCUGCGACACCAGGUGUGUGCAAUUAAUUAUCAGGUAGAACAGAAAACCAGCAGGACUCUGCUCCUCGUAGGGUCAGAUUUGAAUACACCUGCAAUCGUCCUUGA